UGAGAGGCAAACCUAUUUAACAGAAUAUGUGAGCGCAAGUAACGGAGAAAAUUUGCAGCCAGAAGUCAGAAAAUUUGACAAAAAAAAAAAAAAAAUCAAUUUUGGGGAUGAAUUCGAUGUCAGUCUCUUGCGAAUGUUUGUACGAUUUGUGUAAUAAUAUAAUAUACACAAUUUAAAUGAUAAGUAUCUAUAUCUACAGUAUACCUAUGCAUAAAACUCAUUCGUGAAUUUGUGGUUAUUAAAAUUUCUCUUAAAAAGCACAUGCAACGGGCCAACAAUUUAAAAAUAGAUCAAAAAUUAUAUUAAUGUUGUAUGUGGGAAAUAAGAAAUAAAAACAAAAAUUUAUCAAAACGUUAACGUUGAAAGCGAAAGAAGUGAGAUACGUAUAACGUAUAAGUGAAACUAAGAAAGUUCAUCACUAGUUAAAGUGAAACGAGCCGCAGUGCCCAGCUAGUUCCACUUUGAAGGGAUAUCACGCCAUACACGUUACAGCAAUAUGCCAGCUUCGAAUACGAUUGUUUUGAAAUCUCUCUCCAUACUGUUGGGCUUAUUUUUCGUUUUUGUUGGCACUUUAAAGCUAACGCCACAUAUUAGCAAGGAUCUAUAUAAGGAUUUGCGUACAGAAUACGUCAAAUAUGCCAAAGUAUUUCCCCUAACAGCACUGUUUGGUAUUAAGAUACCUUCGAAAUGGUACAGACGCACUGUUGGCCUGCUGGAGAUUUUGUGCGGUCUUGCAAUGGCUCUUAUUCCAUAUCAUAAGGUGAAAAAUGCUGCCAAUAUCACAUUGCUGUUGUUAAUGCUGCUGGGAAUUUAUCAGCAUUGGAUGGUCAGUGAUCCAUUUGAACGUUCUGGCCCAGCGCUGGUAUUUACUUUUAUGCUGGGCGGACGGCUGGUGGUUUGGUAUCAGACUAGCCGCAAAGACGCCGAACUCUCCGCUUGUACUACCCAAUCACAAACAAAUGGAGUUAAACAAGAUUAAUUUUUGCUCACAAUUCCAUACAUGUAUCCCGAUUAGUCUAAUCAUUAAAUUGCUCAGCAGAAAAUGUGUUCAAUAUAUGGAAAUGUUUAAAAAGGCUCUUAAGUGCGUAUCAAGCUAAGUAAUCAGAAUGGAAAUUUCUUUUAUAGUCUUUAAUAUUAAGUAUUCUAAAUGUCUCUGGUUUUAAAGCCAACGUAUACAAAAAUAAAUUACAACAAC